UCCGGCUGAUGAGACCGAGGAGCGGAGAGACUCUCCCACCGGAGGACUGAUACCGGAGGACCGGAGGACUGGGACCGGAGGACCGGAGGACUGGGACCGGAGGACCGGAGGACUGGGACCGGAGGACCGGAGGACUGGGGACCGGAGGACCGGAGGACUGGGACCGGAGGACCGGAGGACUGGGACCGGGACUGAUACCGGCUGUAGCUGCUCCUCUUCCUCCUCCUCCCCCGCCUCCCUCGGUUGAGGAUGGAGGACUCGGAGGCCGAGGUGUCGGUGUCUGAGUGUGACGCUCUGGGAGCAGACUUCAUCACGGUGGAGCUGGACACGCAGCCCAUCGAGUACGUGGUGAAGUGGGCCGAGGUCGGGUCAAAGUUCACCAUCUCCUGCGUGAAGAAGGACUCUGAGGAGGCGUCGGAGCUGACGGCGGAGCAGCUGAAGAUGGAGACGGACGAGGCCUUCUUCGCUCCCUACGAGGAGGUGUACCCCUGUGAGGUGACGGAGCAGAGCGUGGAGAUAAAGACGGACUCCGACGAGGACGAGGAGGACACCGAGGAGGAGACGGAGGUGCUGGUGGAGGCGAGCGGCAGCCGGCUGGACGGCGAGGCGGACUCGGACCUGGCCGACUUCGAGCCGGACGAGCGUCAGUACCGCUGCAGCUACUGCGGGAAGAGCUACAGCCACGCCUCCAGCCUGUACCGCCACCAGCAGACGCACAGCGGGAAGAGUGGCGGGGCGCCGCCGCCCGCCACGCGGGCGCUGGAGCCCACGCACCAGGAGGCGCGUUACACCUGCCCCCACUGCGGCAUGAGCUUCAAAGGCAGCAGGAUGCUGGGGAGCCACCUGCGGCUGCACGGGAAGCGGCGGAUCCACCCCUGUAACAUCUGUGGCAAGGAGUUCAACCACAGCUCCAGCCUGUCGCGGCACCGCCUCGUCCACAAGAAAGGGAAAGGCCUCGCCAAGGACGCCACCCUCGGCCCCAACAUGGCCGCCCUGCACCACUCGCUGAAGGCCGCCGGCAAGAACAAGAAGCCCCGGAGGCAGCAGAGGCAGCAGCAGGUGGCGGCGGCCAUCAUGGAAAGUCCGGGCGGCGAUAAGUUCUACGCCUGCCCGCAGUGCGACAUGAGCUUCAGGACGUCCACGCAGCUCUCCAAGCACCAGGUGACCCACGUCAAGGAGCUGCUGGACAACUACACGCCCGGCAAGGAGAACCUCGCCGAGACCUCCUCCGACCUCAAGAUCCGCCUCAAGCUCUGCUCCCGCGACAAGCCUAACUUCUAUACGCUCUGUAAGAAGAACCGCCGCCGCCGGGCGGGCCGGGCCGGCAGACGGGGCUCCACCACUUCUGAGGAGGAGGGGGGGCGGAGGAGGAGCCGGACGCCACGGGUGCAGCCAGUGCGGAAAGCGGUUCAGCCACGCCUCCAGCCUGGCUCGGCACCAGCAGACCCAUCGGGCAGGCGACGGCGGCGGGCGGGGAAGCUGCAGCAGCACCACCAGAAGCAACUCCACAUCAAGACCGGACUCCCUGCCAAGACCAAGACCUACACCUGCUCGGCCUGCAACAAGACCUUCAUGCACUCGUCCAGCUUCUCCCGCCACAAGAAGGCCCACCUGGAGGAGGAGCAACGGGCCCGAGCCGCCGCCGCCAAGCACCGGAAGAGAGUCGUGUUAGACGAGACUGCGCCGCUGGAGUCCGACUCCGAGUGACGUCACCCGGCUCUGGACUGGGUUCGGACUGGUUUUCGACCUGUUUUGGGUUGGUUCUGAAUCAGCACUGACUGGUUCUGGACUGGUUUGGGGCCAGUUCUGGAAAAGUUGUAGUUUAAAAAACGUUCUGGACCAGUUCUCCACCAGUUCUGGACCAGUUGGGAACAGAUUCUGGGCUGCUCAUGACGAAUUGUUUGUCCAGGUUUUGUGAACUGGACCUGGUUGGUUCUUCUCUGGUGUAGAUAGCAGCAGGACAUCCAUAAAAGGUCGUGUGGCGGGGGCAUCUCCAUAUAUGGUCAUACCUGACCGUUAGCGCUUAAGGAUGGGAUUAGAUGUGUUACCCAAGCCCCGCCCAUCGCCUCGCCCCGCCCCCUCCACCUGUCUGUAAGGUUGUACACGGACGCUGUUCGCUUUCAUUCUGCCCCCUCUACACUCCAUUUCCCAUCAGCCACUUUGGGAGAGAGCUGGGAACUACAGUCAGCUUCUAUAUUUCCCAUCAGCCCUGUUACCGCUCAGAAUCAUAGAAACUUUCACAUCCAGAGUGGCGGCCAUCUUUUUGUGUCCCGCCACCCGUAGAGCUAACUCGUUCUAUCUCUAUGUCGGAGCACAGCUCGCAGUGCAUUAUGGGAAACUGAUUCUCCACUGAACGGAUUCAUAACAACAGUCAAAGCUGAAAACAGGUUCAGGUCUGUUGUGGUUCAGGUCUGUUAUGGAUCAGGUCUGACGUGGUUCAGGUCUGUUGUGGUUCAGGUCUGUUAUGGAUCAGGUCUGACGUGGUUCAGGUCUAAUGUGGUUCAGGUCUGUUAUGGAUCAGGUCUGACGUGGUUCAGGUCUAAUGUGGUUCAGGUCUGUUAUGGAUCAGGUCUGACGUGGUUCAGGUCUGCUGUGGUUCAGGUCUGACGUGGGUCACUGUUUAUGCUCUUUGCUCUCAGAGUGAUUGUGAUUGGCUGAGGUUCUUGCUGAUGCAGCACUCUGAUUGGUUGUUUAUAGCUUUGAUAUUUUGAAAUGUGAAAUCCGAGCAGAGAGCUGAUUGGUCGAGCCGGCGUUUCCUCCACAUUAACGUUUGCAUGUAGACUAUAACCUGCAGCUAGUCGGCCAUCUUUGUAGUUUUCCGACAGUGUUGUGGAGGUCAAAGGUUAAACUGCACUACUUAUUUAUGAAUUUGGAACAAAGUAAUAUAUAAAUAUUUAAAUGUGACUCACGAGUAAAAAGACGAAAACAAUAAAGCGUCGAGCUGCCCUCGUCACCGUAGAAACGCCACCGCCACCUUCACCGUCAAGCAUCGUCUUCAUCACGCGGACAGGAAGCGACUCCAGCAGACGUCCAGUUUUUCAAAGUUAAAGCUUCCUUAAAGAGAAAAAAAGAAUCUGAACGUUAUUUUAUGAAAAAAUAGAAUUCUGUGAGCAGAAACACAAACGAAUGUGACGGUUAUGAAAGACUCUAACGGACCACACAGGGACCAGGUCUUCCUCCCUGACAGACCCCCCCCCCACACACACACACACACACACACACACACACACACACACACACACACACACACACACACACACACACACACACACACACAGGGACCAGGUCUUCGACCCUGACCGCCCCUCCCCUCCCCGCUGAAGACACUUUGAGUUUGUGAAAAACAUUUUUUGUGUGAAUUGGAUUUGACUUAAUUUAAUUGUGACUAUUUAUACGUGUAGCAGACAGACAGACAGACAGACAGACAGACAGACUACCAACCUCCCUAAAUACUGAGAAGAACCCCCCCCCCCCCGGCCUUACAGCUCCUCCUGUCUCGAUCCUCAGUGUUUUGGAUCCACAUGUUGUUGGUUCUGAAUCUCACUGGCAUUAAAGCUGCCGUUCUCCUCCUCCCCCUCCUCCUCCUCCCCUUCAUCCGCCCCUCCUUCUCCUCCCCCUCCCCCGUCCUUGGAUCCACCUGUUGUAGGUUCUGGUUCUCUUUGGUUGCUGGUCCCGGCGGAGCUCCGGCUGCAGACAGACGGUUGUUGUUCUUCAUUGUGUCGUGUUUCCAAUAGAAUAAAAACCCAGUUGACAUGUUUUGUCUUGCGUUUUGUA